CUCUACAGGAGGAAGCGGCCUCGGUGUUGUCGUCGCUGCUGUCGCUGCCCGUGCCCGGCGGGAUGGAUCUGUUCGGGGACCUCCCGGAGCCGGGGUCCUCGGCGGCGGCGGGGAAAGAAGCCCAGAAAGGGCCUCUGCUUUUUGAUGAUCUCCCACCGGCUAGCAGUGCUGACUCAGGAAAAGGAGGAUCUUUACUUUUUGAUGAUCUCCCACCAGCCAGCAGUGGUGAUGCAGCUUCCUGUGCUACUGAGCAGGUCUCAAUAGAGAGCCAUGGAAAAGGGGAGAAGAGGAAGUCCUUGGAGGAAGAGAAGAAUGGCAGGGAAGAACUUGUGGAAAAGAAAGUUUGUAAAGGGUCAGUGGGCCUUCUUGGAUUGAAGGGCUAUGUGGCAGAGAGGAAAGGUGAAAGAGAAGACAUGCAAGAUGCACAUGUCAUUUUAAACGAUAUCACUGAGGAAUGCCAGCCUCUUCCCUCCCAAAUCACGCGCGUCUCAUACUUCGCUGUUUUUGAUGGCCAUGGGGGAGUCCGAGCCUCAAAAUUUGCAGCACAGAAUCUCCACCAAAACCUGAUUAAGAAAUUUCCUAAAGGUGAAGUAGUCAGUGUGGAGAAAACUGUGAAGAGAUGCCUCUUGGACACAUUUAAACACACAGAUGAAGAAUUUCUAAAGCAAGCAUCCAGCCAGAAGCCGGCGUGGAAGGAUGGCUCCACAGCUACUUGUGUCCUAGCUGUUGACAAUACUCUCUACAUAGCCAACCUUGGGGACAGCCGGGCGAUUCUGUGUCGCUACAAUGAAGAGAGUCAAAAAUAUGCAGCCUUAAGCCUCAGCAAGGAGCACAACCCCACACAGUACGAGGAGCGCAUGAGGAUACAGAAAGCUGGAGGAAAUGUCAGGGAUGGAAGAGUCCUCGGAGUGCUCGAGGUUUCCCGCUCCAUUGGGGAUGGCCAGUACAAACGCUGUGGUGUUAUCUCUGUGCCAGAUAUCAAACGCUGCCAACUCACGCAUAAUGACAGGUUCAUCCUGAUAGCGUGUGAUGGCCUCUUCAAGGUCUUUACACCAGAAGAAGCUGUGAACUUCAUUGUGUCCUGCCUGGAGGAUAAGAACAUCCAGACGAGAGAAGGGAAACUAGAAGCAGAUGCUAGAUACGAAGCUGCGUGUAACAGACUGGCCAACAAGGCAGUGCAGCGAGGGUCGGCAGACAACGUUACGGUCAUGGUGGUCCGGAUAGAGCACUGAGCGAUGAGGUGCAGCUGCGGGAUCCCAAGCUGUUUCCGGCGGAUGUAAGGAAGGGAGAAGUCGGUGUGCGUGCGUGUGUGGCUGGGCGAGGGAGGGUCCUCUCGGAUGCUCUUCAGUGUAAAUAAAGGUCUUUUCUAAUA